CUGGGCGUUUGUGCAGUCCUCCUGUGCCCUCCCAUGCUCACUCUGGGCGAGUGGGGUGCAUGAGUGCGUUCGCCCCGUGGGGGAGGGGCGACGGACUGAGCCCAGGACGGGCCAGGAUUUCCCCAGAGUGAGGUGUGAGUGGGUCCAACAGAAGGAAGUAUGGCUGCCAAAGUGUUUGAGUCCAUCGGCAAGUUCGGCCUGGCCUUAGCUGUUGCGGGGGGCGUGGUGAACUCUGCCUUAUAUAAUGUGGAUGCUGGGCACAGAGCUGUCAUCUUUGACCGAUUCCGUGGAGUCCAGGACAUUGUGGUCGGGGAAGGGACUCAUUUUCUCAUCCCCUGGGUACAGAAGCCAAUUAUCUUUGACUGCCGCUCUCGGCCUCGUAAUGUGCCGGUCAUCACUGGCAGCAAAGAUUUACAGAAUGUCAACAUCACGCUGCGCAUCCUUUUCCGGCCCGUGGCCAGCCAGCUUCCGCGCAUCUUCACCAGCAUUGGCGAGGACUAUGAUGAGCGUGUGCUGCCGUCCAUCACUACCGAGAUCCUCAAGUCCGUGGUGGCUCGUUUCGAUGCUGGAGAACUAAUCACCCAGAGGGAGCUGGUCUCCAGACAGGUGAGCGAUGACCUUACGGAACGAGCAGCAACCUUUGGACUCAUCCUGGAUGACGUGUCCUUGACGCAUCUGACCUUCGGAAAGGAGUUCACAGAAGCAGUGGAAGCCAAACAGGUGGCUCAGC